UCGACAGAUUUGUUUUUUUUAACGCCUUCCUCCUCUGCUCUCGGUCUCACCGCCAGAAGAUAUGCGACCUUGUUUCUCUCUUGGAAUCCAUCUGAACUCACAGACAAAUUUUUCAGCCACUUUUCUUGAGUCUCCUUCCACAAUGAUGCGGAUGAAACCCAAAUCCUUCGCGAACUCCAGUGCAUGUUCAACUGCCACCUCUUCCGCCACAAAAGAGUUGAGGUUCUUCGGCUGCUGGAGUCCUCUGUUUGCACAAGAAAACUCACGGAACUGGCUUUUGAUUAGGCUGAGCCACUCCUCGAAACUCCGUUGUUGGUGUUGGUCUGGCCAAAGGUACUGUAAAUUCUGCCAAACACUCUUUGCUUGCAUGCAAUCUUUAACAACGUGAAUAUUUGAUUCUGCUUGGUUUGGGCAAACUGUACAAAAUGGCUCAUUGAUCACAUGCCCGUUGUAGAGAACUUGCUUCGUAGGAACAUAAUUGUUGUAGUGUUUCCAAACCUGGAUCUUUAUUUUGCGUAGCACCUUUCCCUACCAAAUUUGCUUCAGAGUCUUCGAGUCGGCUCUUAUUGCGGAAUCACUGUCGAGCAGUACACGGCAAACACUUCUUACAGUACAGAUACCCGUGUGCUCACCU